AGCCCCACAGACCCACAUCAAAUACGCUUGUUGUUGCGCGUUCGCUGUUCGCUUGUGCUUAGACAGCUGACUGCCCCCGAACGCUGCAGAGUUCAUUUUAACUUGCAAACCACAUGGCAACGUCUGGAUAUGUAUAUAAUCACGAUCAAACGGGUUCCUGUAGACAGUUGCAUACCAUAUGAUUACUUUUUGUAGGCUAGUGUGUCACAACGUUGAAACUAUUGCAUGAAUUCGGGUCAGAAAUAUGUCUGAAAUGUCAUAUCUUGCACUGCGACAGUAUCCAGUACGACUUUAAUAAGCAUUUUAUGAAGAGGUUUUGCGUAACGAUUAAAAGAAUAGUUCAUAUAGGCGCGAUAGAUUAUCACCGACCCCCUUCCUUGAGAUCUCAAACAUCACAUGACAAAGCUUCAAGGGCUCCAUCCUGUCAGGUUGUCAUGGGAACUGUGUAUCCCUCCCCACUCUGCACUGUGGUCCCUCUGGAGAAGAAUGCUGCGCACCUCCAAUUCCCGCGGUGCGUGGCUGAAAACAGACCCGAUCUCUCCCAGCACAUUAGAUAACAUCACAUUGGGAACCCGCAUCCACGGAACGUGUGAGGCAGCAGGCGCCUGUGUCUCUCUAAACAAAUUGCAGUGCCACAGAGUGUGGAGGCUGAGGACGAGGACAAACACAUCUCAUUUAGAUUAAUGAGAGGCUGUGAACUUGGCCACCAUAUGUUAUGAUCACGCUGUUUAAGGAGUGGCUUUUUUUCUUACAGCAUGAACAAUAUAAUUUCACCAAGGUGGCGCGUUCGGGUCUCUUAUUAUUCCAGCCACCGUGCAAUAUUAAAAUUCCCACACAUUUAAUUCUGUAAAUGCAUGGUGGCAAAUGCAGGCAAGUGAGUACACACCCUAGAAUACAUGAUAUAGACCUCAAACCAACUUCACCUGCUCUGAAACUUGUGCAAAUUACACUGGAUGAAAUGCUCAUUUUGUGCAUCGCGGUUAUUUCGCUGUUCGUUUUAAUCGCUUGUUUGCUCGACCUCACGCACGCCGGCCCCGAAAACAAGAGUGGACGCUGCAAGUGCAGAGAGUGGAGUGCAUGUGAAAGCCCUCCUGUGUGUGUCGUAGUCCUCGGUUCACCUGCAGGAGGAGCUGUGGCUCGCUGCUGCCUACUGUGGAGCAGAGGAGAGAGAUGCCUCUUUCUUUUUUUUCUUCUUCUUUUUUUUUCUCCCUCCUUCAGUGGCAUGAAUAAUAUCCCCAGAGCUGCAGAGAGAGCACAUCAAGAGGCAAGCGGGAAGUGGAGAGAGACAGCAGCCAGUGUGACAGAUUAGAGCGUGGCACAACUUGUCUCCCUGACUGCACUGUGGGCUGGGGAAAGAGAGCAAGUGCACCAAAGUGUCAGGAUAGGCUGCACAGACUCUCACACGCACCUACACACACACACUCAUAUAGAGAUCCCUCAGCCUGGCUGCACCAGAAGAAGUUCAGAGGGGGAGACUGACCUCAAGAAGGUGGUCUAGUGGAGGUUUUUUCGUGUGUGGAUUCACUAAGAGUGGUCAUGGCUUUCCUCAGCCUGAGGCGUCUGGUCCUGUAGAGGAGUUGUGUUGUGUUUCCCCCCCCCCCCGCUCCCCCGUCCAGAAGAACUUGACUCGCGCUGCCAGCCUGAGCUGAGGAUGGAGAAGCUGUCGGGGAAGGACAAGGAGCUGAUCCGCGGCAGCUGGGAGAGCCUGGGCAAAAACAAAGUUCCUCACGGUGUCGUCAUGUUUUCCAGACUGUUCGAGCUGGACCCGGCGCUCCUCAGCCUUUUCAACUACAACACAAACCAUGGCUCCACACAAGACUGCCUGUCCAGCCCCGAGUUCCUGGAACACGUCACCAAGGUGAUGCUCGUGAUCGAUGCGGCCGUCAGCCACCUCGACGACCUCCCCUCCUUGGAGGACUUCCUGCUCAACCUUGGGAGGAAGCAUCAGGCCGUGGGAGUCGACACGCAGUCAUUUGCCGUGGUGGGUGAGUCCCUGCUCUACAUGUUGCAGUGCAGUCUGGGCCAGGCCUACACGGCACCGCUGCGUCAAGCCUGGCUGAGCAUGUACAGCAUCGUGGUGGCAGCCAUGAGCCGGGGGUGGGCCAAGAACGGCGAGGACAAGGCCGACUGAGGCACUCAGCGGGGGGGGGAGGAGGAGGCUGCUGAGCAAUUGCUCUCAAAUCACUCAACCACGGUUGCCAUGGAAUAAGGUUGUGUAACUUGCAGCGUUGUGGCUCUGGCUGUGACACAUUUGCUCUGUGACGGUGGCGUGUGUGUGGGGGGGGAGGGGGUCACGCGGUUUCGUGGACAGCACGGCGUGUGCUUACCUUUGCGUUGACCCACGGCAGAGUUUGCGGUGAGAAUCCGAGCGCGCGCGGUUUGGUUUUCGACCAGAGCUCCUCACACUGAGAAACAGGACAGCAGCUUAGUCUCUCUGUAUGUAAUGGCUUCGAUAUAUAUAUAUAUAUUUAUGUAUAUAUAGUCAAAUGAUAGCAAGUGACUGUCGUGAAACUUUGUGACGUGUAUCCUAAACCAGUUUGCACAUUUGUGAAAACAGUAGCUGUUCUAUUUACGCGUCAUACACCAACAAUUCAAACUGUGACACAAUUACUGUGGCCAGCACGGCAGCUCUCUAUCAAACUGGUACACAGUGAUUUUUUAUUUUUUUUAAACCUCUUUUAGCGUUGGACAUUUAACCGACUCAUAAUAAGCGACGCGAAAUGCAGAAAUGACAAGAACUGUUACACUCUGAUAGCUUUCUUCGGUGAUCCAUGACUGUUACGGUGCGUGUGAUGCUCUCCCCUGUAGAGGUUGUUCGUAUUUCAAUAGGCUUCAAGCUGACUGUUAAACUCUUAAACUUAUAGACUGUUAUGUGACCUCUAAAGUGACGGGCGGAAGUGUAACAUUUUUUCGUUCCUCUGCGUUUUCCGGUCUGUGGUCGUUGUUUUUUCGUCGUACUGUACAUACUCGUUUAUUUGGGUGAUGAUUGUUUACUGUGCCGUUUCCUCGGAGAUAAGCAGAGCGGCGUGCGUCGCUCCAACACAGAGUGGAUUUACCUACAAAACAAACACACGCAGACACUGUGUGGUGAAACCUACCCGAUAUAUGUGUGUAUUAUUAUUGUUAUUAUAAUAAUUGCUGCCAUAAGACUGUAUGCUGUACCCUCGGCUGUUAUUUACAUCCAUAGUCAUACUGCCAAGUAACUUAGCAACAGUGUGCCAAGUAUUAGAUAAUAACCAUACAACUGUAAAUCCAAGCUGCUGAUACGUGGUUUUUAUCGCUUUAGUCUUUGAGUUUUACAUUUUAAAAGGUUUAUUUUUAUAUCCUGAAAUGGACGCGUUGGUUAGUGUUGAGUAUUGACUGUUUUACCCCAAAUGUGAUGUACAGCAUAUAUUAAAUAUAUACAUAUAUAUAUAUAUAUGUAUAAAACUAAUUGCUUUGAGGCUGAUUUUAUUUAAUCUAUAUACAGUAAGAGAAAUACUAUCAAUAGAAUAAAAGCAGAGCUUUCUAUUGGACUAUUUUACGAGGACUUUCCAGCCCGCAGGCAUAUUGUUUGUUAACUUAUUGUGUAGGUGGUGUGUAUUCUUUUCUAGUGAUUCUAUGCAGGAUGUUGUUCUUUAAUUUCACCUGACAUUGGAUUCCCCCCGUUGUUGCAUCCAGCUCUGUACACACUGUAUUGGGCAUGUCACUGUCUACCUCAUUAGACUUCACCUAAACAACAACAACAACAACACAUGAUGAACACAAACAGAUGCUCUUUGUAAACCAGAUUCCACCCCACUCAAAAAACGUGUCGUGUCCUUACUUGAGACUAAAUAAAGUGGAUGUUUUGUUGCUACACAA